GCAGCAGGCAGGCGCCUGUGCCCGCUCCACCUCACCUCACACACAAGCAGUGCCUGCCUGAGUCUGCUCUGCCCCCUCCCCAGCCAGUUCACCACCACCAUGACACCAGUCAUCCAGUCCCAUUUCUUCCUCCUGCUGUUACUCCUAGUGCUUACAGGUGAGGGGUACAAGGUGGGGAGGGGGGUUGUCUUGAUCAUGCCAUUUCCUGAUGUUUCUGUGGGCUUUGCUUCCUGGCAGAUAGUACCAUGGGAGAGGGAGGCUGCUGGCAGGAAGAGCCAACCCAGGGGCUGCCUGGCCAGCGGCCCAGUCCCCAAAUCCUCCUGGCAUUACUUCUCCAGUUGCCAGAGGUUGUAUUUUCUUCUUGCUCUGAUUUGUCCUCCAAUUCCAACCCUGUGGCCUCAAUUUCUUACACCUGCCACCACCCCCACUUCCGUAACGGUUCUUACAAUCUCUGGCUCCACAGCUUUCGAACAGAGCAGAAGUACAAACCACUCUGGCACCUCAACCCAGACCACCAGCCCUGCCUCCGGCUCUAUUACCACUUCAGUUCACCAUGGCACCUCCACCCUGGUCACCAGCCCUGCCUCAGGCUCAACCACUCCAGCCCUCAUCAGCACCUCCACCUCGGCCACCAGCCGUGUCUCCAGCUCAGCCACCCCUCCAGUCAGCAAUGUCACCUCUGCCACAGCCACCAGCCCUGCCUCCGGCUCUAUUACCACUUCAGUUCACCAUGGCACCUCCACCCUGGUCGCCAGCACUGCCUCAGGCUCAACCACUCCAGCCCUCAGCAGCACCUCCACCUCGGCCACCAGCCAUGUCUCCAGCUCAGCCAUCCCUCCAGUCAGCAAUGUCACCUCUGCCACAGCCACCAGCCCUGCCUCCGGCUCUAUUACCACUUCAGUUCACCAUGGCACCUCCACCCUGGUCGCCAGCCCUGCCUCAGGCUCAAUCACUCCAGCCCUCAGGAGUACCUCCACCUCGGCCACCAGCCGUGUCUCCAGCUCAGCCAUCCCUCCAGUCAGCAAUGUCACCUCUGCCACAGCCACCAGCCCUGCCUUAGGCUCUGUUGCUACUUCAGUUCACCAUGGCACCUCCACCCUGGUCACCAGCCCUGCCUCAGGCUCAAUCACUCCAGCCCUCAGGAGUACCUCCACCUCGGCCACCAGCCGUGUCUCCAGCUCAGCCAUCCCUCCAGUCAGCAAUGUCACCUCUGCCACGGCCACCAGCCCUGCCUUAGGCUCUGUUGCUACUUCAGUUCACCAUGGCACCUCCACCCUGGUCACCAGCCCUGCCUCAGGCUCAAUCACUCCAGCCCUCAGUAGUACCUCCAUCUCAGCCACCAGCCCUGUCUCCAGCUCAGCCAUCCCUCCAGUCAGCAAUGUCACUUCCGCCACAGCCACCAGCCCUGCCUCCGGCUCUAUUACCACUUCAGUUCACCAUGGCACCUCCACCCUGGUCACCAGCCCUGCCUCAGGCUCAGUCACUCCAGCCCUCAGUAGUGCCUCCACCUCGGCCACCAGCCGUGUCUCCAGCUCAGCCAUCCCUCCAGUCAGCAAUGUCACCUCUGCCACAGCCACCAGCCCUGCCUCAGGCUCUGUUGCUACUUCAGUUCACCAUGGCAUCUCCACCCUGGUCACCAGCCCUGCCUCAGGCUCAACUACCACUCCAGUUCAACAUGGCACUUCCACCAAGGAUAUGACCCCAGGUGGCAAGAGUACUCAACCCCCAGUUUCCAGCCAGCACUCUGAUAUUCCCACCACCCCUAUCAGCCAGAGCUCCAGAACUAAUGCCAGUAGCACUACCCGUAGCAUAGUUUCUCCUACCUCCUCCAAUCAUAGCACUUCUUCCCAGUUAUCUAUUAGGGUCUCCUUUUUCUUCCUCUCUUUUCGCAUUUUGAACCUUCAGUUUAACUCGUCCCUGGAAGACCCCAGCACGAACUACUACCAAGAGCUGCAGAGAAACAUUUCUAAUUUGUUUUCACAGAUCUAUGGAAAGGAUUAUCUGGGCCUCUCUAAUAUCAAGUUCAGUCCAGGAUCUGUCAUGGUGGAAUCAACUCUCACCUUCCGAGAGGGUACCACCAAUGCUGACAACGUGGAGAUGCAGCUUGGUCAGCAUGCAACAGAAGCAGCCAGAUAUAACCUGAUCAUUUCAAGAAUCAGUGCGCAUGAGGUGCCUUUCUCUUCCUCUGCCCCACCUGGGUCUGGGGUACCAGGCUGGGGCAUUGCCCUACUGGUGCUGGUCUGUGUCCUGGUUGCACUGGCCAUCACCUAUCUCAUUGCCCUGGCUGUGUGUCAGUGCCGCCAAAAGAGCUGCGGGCAGCUGGACAUCUUUCCAACCCGGGAUGCCUACCACCCUAUGAGCGAGUACCCCACCUACCACACGCAUGGGCGCUAUGUGCCCCCUGGCAGUACCAAACGUAGCCCCUAUGAGGAGAUAUCUACGGGCAAUGGUGGUGGCAGCAGCCUCUCCUUCAAGAACCCAGUAGCCACUUCCGCCAACUUGUAGCGGCAUGUCUCCUGCUGAGUGUCCAGCCAGUGCCUGUGGCCUCCCUCUGGUUCCUCACUGCCAGAGCUGCUCCACUGUCUGGGGUGGUGAGCUGGGGGUCCAGGUGGGCUGCUCACAGCCACCCUCAGAGGCCCCACCUAUUCCCCUAACCUUUCUGAGUCCUGGUGAAGCCCAUCCCUGCCCCAAGGGGAGUGGUGGCCUCCAGAUGGACUGACCCAGAAAGCCUCAGAAAUGGGGUGGAAACCUGAACUUGGCUGAAUAAAACGUGGACCUCCCACUGGCCUCCAACUUCUGAUCUUUCAUCUGUGACCCUUGGAGAUAAGAGGGGCAGUCAGGGUAGGUGUGUAUGUGGGGGAUGAGGUGGUGCCUGGAAGGGGCCUCUGGGGAGGAGACUGGGAAGAAAGAUCACAAGAGACUGUGGGACUCAUUUGAGGACAAACAGCAGGCACGGAAGGGGGACACUGGGGCGCACGGGUGGC